AUGAUUUCCGCCAUGCCCGCAGUCGCCGUCCGGCGCGGCCGCAAAAGAAGUAAAACGUUCGGCCGCUUCGGUAUUCCCCAAAGCCACCACUCGAGCAGCUCCUCCCUUUCCGGCCGCAACCAGCAGGGCGGCGCCCGGCCGGGCGUCUCCACCAUCAGCGGGCGUCACGCUGCGUUCCGGCGCCGCGUGCGUGUCGACAGCGACCUGGAGCGGCAGCGGCGCCGCUUCCUCGUCUACAUGGGCACGCUCUUCCUCAUCACCGGGCUCCUGCUCGUGUUCAUCGGCGUGGGCGCGGCCGUGCCCACCGCGCAGACGGUCGGCCUUCUGCUCAUCGGCGUGGGCGCCGUCUUCUGCGUCAUCAAAGUGUUCUGCUCGGAGGCCCACAUGACGGACGUUCCGCAGAAAGCGGCCGCCGUCGUGGUUCGCACGGACGACGUGGAAGCGGCACCGGAGGAGUCGACGCCGCUCGCCGACAUCUCUGAGUUCACGGAGCUAAACGCCGAAGCGGCGUCGGCGCCGCAACUGGACGGAACCACGCCGGGCAGCAACGGAUACUCCAACACCUUGACGCCGACCAGUCCUCCCAACAGCAUACCAGAAACGCAAGUACUCAUUGCCAACGAUUCGGGAGGCAAAUACUAA